CUCUCUCCGUGCGGGUCAGUAAAAUGGCUGUAUCUAACGAAGCCUCGUGUUGGUUGGGUUCGAUCCCUGCCUCUGCCCGGGCUCAGUAACUCCCACAACAAUCUCUGUCGCUUCUCCGCGCGUUGUAUGGAGCCUACAUCAUCUGUGUAAGCCGUUUGCGGAACCGGAGGCGGCAGCCGGAUUCGGUCCGGUCCGAGAGAUGGGAAUGAACCGACUCAAGGAUAAAUGGUUGUGAAGAAUUAUCGGAGCUUUUGAUUGUGACUGACUCGCCGAGAGAGGGAGAGAGGUGGGGGGGUUUAUCAUGGCCGCUCAGGUCGCUAGCGCCGCCACUCUCAACACUAGCCCGCCUUCCGAGCUCAAAAAAGCGGAUCGCGAGUCCAAGGAGGACUCGGCACCGGGCGAGAAGCAGUCGGAGAAAAAGCAGCCCGGGUUGGACGGCGGCUCGCCGGCUCGCGCGGAGCUGCAGGACGGGAGCGACGGUGGAAAUGCAGCGGGAGGAGGGGAGCCUGAAAUGAAGAACGGGAAUGGGAACCCGCCCAGGGCUAACAAUAAUAACCAGAAUGACUCUAUCGGACCUGAGGGAAACAACCACCCGGGCAUGGCCCAUCACCACGGCCCCGCUUUUCCUCCUCCUUCGUACGGAUACAGCCAGCACUACGCUCGGGCCCCUUUUCAUCAACAUGGCGGACAACAAAGCCCUGGCAUGGCAGCUGCUGCGGGUCCGGUCGCUCAGUCGAGCAAUAUCAUGGACCCGUACCAACCCAACUCCCACGAACACGGCUUCUCCAACCACCAGUUUAACAACUACAACCCAUUCCCUCACAGGACUCCGUAUCCGGGCCAAGCGUACGGCAUGAACUCCCCUCGCAGCUCGCAGGCGCCGACAGCUGCGGGGCCGCCAGCUAAGCAGCAGCAGCAGCAGCAGCCAGCAGCGGGCGGACCCGCGACUAUGGCCGGCUCCUACGGCAACCAGAGAUAUAACAUCGGAACCCCUCAGCCUACAUCCACGCCGACUCUUAACAAGCUGCUCACUUCCCCGAGCGCCACACGGGGCUAUUCCAACUACCCUUCGAGUGACUACAGUAGCCAAGAAGGAGCUAGCAAGGGACCAGCAGACAUGGGUGCUAGCGGCCAGUAUGGAGGGAACAAUCCGGCUUGGCAACAAAGGAGCCAUCACCCGUCGCCAAUGAGUCCGGGAAGUGCCGGCCAACCCCUAGCUAGAACCCAGCCGUCUGGUCCGAUGGAUACAAUGGGGAAAAUGAGAGGACAGCCCUAUGGUUCGGGUAGUCCAUACAGUCAACAGUCGCAGCAAGGGCCGCCCACGGGUCCUCAGCAGGGUUCGGGUUACCCUGGUCAGGGGUAUGGCCCGCCGACUCCCCAGCGAUACCCAAUGCAAGGACGUACACCCGGCAGCAUGGGCGGCAUGCCUUAUGGCCCACAGAUGGGAUCUUAUGGACAGCAGGGACCAGGUGGAUACAGCUCUCAGGGCCAGGGACCCUAUUACGGUCAGCCGGGCCAGGGCCCCCAUCCAGGUCAACAGCAACCUUAUUCGCAGCCUCCACAAGGGCAAACAGGAGGCCAAACACCGUAUCCCGGGCAACCACAUCCCACACCGACAUCUGCUCCUCAUGGUCAAAGCGGACCCCCUUAUCAGCAAACACACAUGCCCCCACAGUCACAAGGGUCACUGCCAGGAUCAUCCCAAGGACCCCCUCAGUCUCAGCCACCGUACUCCCAAUCUUCUGCCCAGCAGUCUGGCCAGCCUCCCUAUGGCCAAUCGCAGGGUCCACCUAGUCAGGCCUCACAGCAGCCCAGUUCUCAGGCUCCUCCAGGAUCCCAGGGCCAGUCGAGCUACCCAGGUUCCACACAGGGACCUCAGCAACCUCCGUCGCAGCAACAACAGACUCAGUCUCAGCCUCCUCAGCACUCGCAGGGGCAGCCUGCUGGGUACCCACCGAACCCCCAGCAACAGCAAGCACAACAGACACCUUAUCAGCGGUUUCCUCCUUCACAACAGCAGGAGGUGUCGCAGGACUCUUUCCAGUCCAACGCUGCAUCAUCCACUCAGCCUAAAAGUGGCCCAGAAGACAGCCAAGGCCGCCCCUCCAGCCUUCCGGUCAGACAUACUUAUGACUUGUCAGGGUCUAUUGAUGACCUACCUACUGGUACAGAGGGAGCUCUGAGUCCUGGUGUUAGCACGUCAGGGGUGUCAAGCAGCCAAGGGGAACAGAGUAACCCAGCCCAGUCGCCCUUCUCCCCUCAUACGUCCCCACACCUGCCAGGCAUCAGAGGGCCCUCACCUUCACCUGCUGGCUCACCGGCCAGCACGCCUCGAGCAGGACCCUUGUCGCCUGCAAACAUGCCUGGAACCCAGAUGCCUCCCCGGCCCUCGAGUGUACAGUCGGAUGGGAGCCUACAUCCAUCAAUGAAUCAGUCUCCAAUGGCCCAGGAGAGAGGAUUUAUGCAGAGGAACCCUCAGAUGGCUCCAUAUGGCUCCCCACAGUCAGCCUCUGCACUGUCUCCCCGUCAGCCAUCAGGGGGUCAAAUGCUUUCUGGGAUGGGCCCAUAUCAGCAGAACAACUCUAUGGGAGGCUACGGACAACCAGGAGGGCAGUAUGGUCCUCAAGGUUAUCCUCCUCGGCCGCCUGGAUAUGGAAAUAUGCCCAAUGCAAACUAUCCUGGUCCAAACAUGGGUCCUAUGAGUCAGGGUGGUGGGCAGCAAUAUGCCGGUAUGCCUCCUGGACGAAUGCCUCCUAAUCAAAUGGGGCCGCGUCCAUAUGGCCCGAAUAUGAAUCCCAACAUGGGACCCAAUAUGAAUCCCAACAUGCCCCCUAACAUGGGCAACAUGCCGCCCCAGGUGGGCUCAGGAAUGUGCCCUCCUCCGGGCAUGAACAGGAAGCCCCAGGACCCUUCAGCCAUGCAGCACCAUGCCUCCAAUUCGAUGCACAACAGGAUGCCAGGCUAUCCCAACAUGUCUCCUGGUAUGAUGGGCUCUGGUCCCCCCUACGGUCCUCCCAUGAACAACAUGCCUGGGAUGAUGAACACCCAAGGUGGCUCUCCAUAUCCCAUGGGGCCAAACAUGGCUAAUAACUCAAGUGGUAUGGCCCCCAGCCCUGAGAUGAACAACAAGAUGAAUAACAAAGUUGAUGGGGGCGCAACGCCGAAACCAGAACCUAAAUCUAAGAAGUCUAAUUCUUCCACCACCACGAGUGAAAAGAUAAUGCGCCUGUAUGAGUUAGGACCAGAGCCAGACAGGAAGAUCUGGGUGGAUCGUUACUUGGCCUUCAUUGAAGAGAAGGCCAUGGGCAUGACCAACCUCCCGGCUGUUGGGCGCAAACCUCUCGACCUCUUUCGCCUCUAUAUGUCUGUGAAAGAAAUCGGAGGCAUGACACAGGUGAACAAGAACAAAAAAUGGCGAGAUCUGGCCACUUCCCUGAAUGUGGGUACAUCCAGCAGUGCUGCCAGUUCUUUGAAGAAACAGUACAUCCAGUGUUUAUAUGCCUUUGAGUGCAAAAUUGAGCGUGGCGAGGACCCUCCUCCGGAGAUUUUUACAGACAAUAAAAAGAACCAAGCUGCUAAGGUUCAGCCUCCCUCUCCAGCGUCACUCUGCUCCACAGCUGGGUCAGGGUCCUUACAGGGCCCGCAGACACCCCAGUCGACCAGCAGCUCUAUGGCUGAGGGCGGAGAUUUAAAACCUCCGACUCCAGCUUCCACACCUCAUUCCCAGAUGCCGUCCAUGCCACCAGGGUCCAGGAACAGUGUUAACCUCCAAGACCCCUUCUCUGACGGAAGUGAUCCAGCUUUCCCUCGGAAGAACAUGACACCAAAUUCUGCCUAUCAAUCAGGAAUGACCCCUGAAAUGCGCAUGGGUGUCUACGAACCAAACAAGGAUCCUUUUAGCAACAUGAGGAAAGUCGGGGAGCAGUUUCUACCUGCGAACCAGGGCCCUAACAGCGGUGUGGGUGACCACCAACAACAACAACAACAGCAGCAGCAGCAACAACAACAGCAGCAGCAGCAGCCUCCUUUUAACCGAGGGCCUCCUGGGGCCAUGGGCUCAAUGCCAAUGGGACCCAGGCACCAGUAUCCAUAUGGACCAGGCUAUGACCGGAGACCAGAGCAAGCUCUGGGCCCAGAAGGCAACAUGGGAUCAAGUGGUUCUCAGCCAAACCCUAUGAUGCCUGCUAAUGCCGAAACCGGGAUGUAUUCACCAAACCGCUUCCCGCCACAACAGCCACGGCAUGAUUCCUAUGGUAAUCAGUAUCCUGGGCAGGGAACGCCCCCUACUGGCGCCUACCCAAAUCAACAGCCUGGAAUGUAUCCGCAGCCUCAACAGGCGUACAAGCGUCCUAUGGAAGGAGGCUAUCCUCCUUCGAAGCGACAUGAAGCCGAGUACAGCGGCCCUUACCCUGGUGGGCAGCCUCCACCUCAGCAGCAGCCAGGAGGUGCGUCUGCACCCUCCUCAGGACAGCAAGAGUCCUACAAUCAAUAUAGUGCCACUGGACCCUACCCUGGCUCGGACCGCAGACCCCCAGGUCCAGGCAAUCAGUUCCCUUUCCCAUUUGGUCGUGAUCGGAUGCAAGGAGGGUCGGGACCCAAUUCUCAGCCUUCCAUGCCUCCUCAGAUGAUGCCUUCUGGGCCAGAUGGUCCUCAAGGAGCCAUGUGGCAGGGACCACGAGAUAUGAACUACCAGAACUACCACAACCGGCAAAGCGGUCCUGGAGGUCCACCUCAAGGACCCGGGUACCCUGGUAUGAACCGUUCUGAAGAAAUGAUGUCGGCAGAUCAGCGGAAUCACGACGGGCAGUGGGGGGGACAGAUGGGUCCGCGGCAGCCUCCAUAUGGCCCUGGGCCUGGUCAACCCAUGCCUAGAUCAGUGCAGUCCAACUACCAGCCACCUCAGGGUGUACAGAACCACAUUCCACAGGUGUCCAGCCCAGCAUCCAUGCCCCGCCCUAUGGAAAGCCGGACAUCUCCCAGUAAAUCUCCCUACAUGCAUGGGGUCAUGAAAAUGCAGAAGGCUGGCCCACCAGUGCCUGCCUCACACAUAGUGCCCCCUCCUGGACAGUCGCCUCUAAUAAGACGGGAUAUGCCUUUCCCUAUGGGCUCCGUAGAAGCAACCCAUCCCAUCCUGAAACCACGGCGGAGACUCACCAUGAAAGAGAUUGGUACCCCUGAAGCGUGGAGAGUCAUGAUGUCACUAAAAUCUGGUCUACUGGCUGAAAGCACCUGGGCCUUGGAUACUAUCAACAUUCUCCUCUAUGACGACAACAGUAUUUCCACUUUCGAUCUCAACACGUUGCCUGGUCUUCUGGAGCUAGUGGUGGAGUAUUUCAGACGAUGUCUCAUAGAAAUCUUUGGUAUCCUUCGGGAGUACGAAGUGGGGGACCCCGGCCAGAAGACACUUCUUGAUCCUGAUGCCUUGAAGCAAGACUUGCAAAGCACUGAAGACGAAAUUCAAACUGAAUAUUUGGAUCAUGGUGAAGAAGAAGAUGAAGACGAGGAGGACGAGGAAGACUUGGAAAGCCCUGAUGUGCAGAGAGCAGCGGUCAAACAGGAGAAACUGCAGGAGUGCUCAGACUCACAGAGGAAGGAUGAGAAGCCUGAGGAUGAAGAUGCGAAGGCCAAAAUACCGUCAUCAGAACCGACAGAAUCAUCACAGUCGUUGAAUAACAACGUUGACAGACCCCGACAAGCCAGCAAGUUUGAUAAGUUUCCUCUCAAGGUGGUACGAAAAAGAGACCCAUUUGCUGCUUGCCAGGCCAGAAAUCACGGCAAAGCGCAAGGCUUUGACAGCGGGCUGCUUCAUUGGAGUGCAGGAGGAGGCGAUUCCACCGAGCACAUUCAGACACACUUUGAACCCUGCAAGGAUUUCAUGGAGCCUAGAGAACGAUUUCCUGUUCCCCAGAAGUUGCUGAAAAGGCAACUGCGAGAAGAUCUGCAGGAGCUAUGUUUGCCACCGGAGCCCGAGCGGGACCAUGAUAAAGAGCUCACAGAGAAUUCCCCGUCUGAUAAAUCGCUUCCAGAGAAGGAGUCGCCCUCACUCAACGAAGAGGAGAAGAAAAUGGAUGACAAGGCGGUGGAGAAAAGUCUGGAGGAGAACGAUCGGCCCAUGGCGUCUAUCGGCGCCGUUUUAAGCCAGCAAGCUCCGCAGACCGGUCCCAUCUUGGAGGACGAGCCUCACAGUAAAGACGAAGGUCCGUUAAUUGCGCUGGCUCACUGGCAGGAUUCAUUAGCCAAGAGGUGCAUCUGUAUCUCCAACAUCGUGCGCAGUCUUUCCUUCGUUCCAGGGAAUGACCACGAGAUGUCCAAACACCCUGGCCUCUUGCUUUUACUGGGCCGUCUGAUACUGCUGCACCAUCGGCACCCCGAGCGCAAGCAGGCCCCGCUCACGUACGAGAAGGAUGAAGAAACGGAAGAGGGCUCGGGCCAGAGGGACGAGUGGUGGUGGGACUGCCUGGAGCUACUCCGAGAAAACACACUGGUCACGUUGGCAAACAUCUCCGGCCAACUGGACCUCUCCAUCUACCCCGAGAGCAUCUGCUUGCCCCUAUUGGAUGGCCUCCUUCACUGGGCCGUGUGUCCGUCUGCGGAAGCUCAAGAUCCAUUCCCCAGCCUCGGCCCACACAGUGCGCUCUCACCUCAAAGACUGGUCCUGGAGACCCUGAGCAAGCUGAGCAUCCAAGACAACAACGUGGACCUCAUCUUGGCUACUCCUCCGUUUGGACGCUUGGAGAAGUUAUAUGGGAACCUGGUGCGGCUAAUCGGCGACAGGAAGGUGGCGGUCUGCAGGGAGAUGGCCGUGGUUCUGUUGGCCAACUUGGCCCAGGGUGACACGAUAGCUGCCCGAGCCAUCGCAGUUCAGAAGGGCAGUGUAGGAAACCUGCUGGGCUUUCUGGAGGACAGUCUUGCGGCCACUCAGCUGCAGCAGAGCCAGACCUCUCUGCUACACCUCCAGGGGAUGCAUUUUGAACCCACAAGUCCGGACAUGAUGCGACGAGCUGCCCGGGCUCUGCACGCCUUAGCCAAGGUGGAGGAGAACCACUCGGAGUUCACACUACAUGAGUCCAGACUCCUUGACCUUUCGGUGUCGCCCCUUAUGAACUCGCUGGUUUCUCAUGUUAUUUGUGAUGUACUUUUUUUGAUAGGCCAGUCAUGACAGCUGUAGGGAGCUGUGGCUCCACUGUAAGGGGGAGGGGCUUUAUCCUCAUCCCCUUUCCCUGGUAACCUGGCUUGUGUGUAAUGGGGCAAGGAAAUUUCAAGUGACUGUUUUAAUUUAUGAAAAUCCUUCAGAUUCCAUUCUGAGCCCUCAGUACUCUGUAAGGGUGGUCGGAGCCAUGGUGGAUUAUACACCAGGAAACCCACACAGUGACACUACUUGCAACACAUGCCAACUGGACGACGCGGAGCUGAGCACCACCAUUGGGAGACUGUUCUGCACUAGGGGAAAAGUACUUUUUGAUAAAGAUAAAUAAAUGAUUAAAUAAAUAGCUGAAAAACAAAAACUGUAACCAAAGUUGCUGUCUCGUUUACAGUGAGUUUGGGAGACGCAGUGUGCCCUAGCUUUCCCCUGGAGGGCACAAUGGGUCUGUAACUGGUUGAACACAUUCAGAGGUGAAGCAGACUGACAAGUGGCCUACUGGUUGUAGUCGCCGUAGUUGGAUGAUCUCCAGUCAGCCUGACCACAGGCGACCUGCUGUCAAUAGAAACCUUCACCGGGGAGGCCUGUGCAGUGUGCAGUAGAUUGUAGGACUUUUUCUGUACUGUACUGCUCUUGAGUGUAAGCAUUCUGUAACACACGUUUCACACAGAGGCUGGCGAUGCAGCUCUUCUAGAGUUUCGAGGUCAUUAUAGUUUGGUGUUAAACAGAAAAAUGGCUUUCUUCCCCAAAGUAUCGAGAACCUACAACACCCUUACCUCCUAUCCCUUGAUUGUAUCAAUACCCUUAUGAAAAGAAAUCACCUCUUAGGACUGGUUUUCAACUCAAAUACAGCUUUGCUGUGGUGUAUAUAUCCUGUUGUACAUUACACUUUCUGUGUCUGUCUCUGUCUCUGUGUCACUAUUCUCACUCUUGUUAUCGGUGAGUGAUGGAGGCUGACAUGAGAAUAGCCCACGACCUCCAGCUCUCGCCAGUUAGACCCACUCUUCUGGUCUUUCCACAGCUCUGUAGAAUAACAGACACAGCUCAAACAUGUUCUCUUCUGGUACAACAAAAAUAAAAUAGAUGAAGUACACACUUGACAUUUUUUUUCUCCAGUCAUGGAUUCUGCAUAUUUGUAUUUCAGACUAUGUAGCUAAGACAUGUAAAUUCCUCCCUUUCCCUUUUUUGGCUCAAUGAAUAUCAUUUAUUCAGUAUGAAAUCUUUAUACUAUAUGUUCCACGUGGUAAGAAUAAAUGUACAUGAAAUCUUCGUAAGCUGUUUCAUGGGUU